UCCAAGGGUGUCAUACGAUCAUCGAUCAUAUGCACCGAGUUAAGUACGGAUGAAUUAAUGUUUGUGUACCCGGUAUUCAUUCAUAUUGUUGAGAAUUAAAAUCAUGUACUUUCAUGCUAUUAGUUCAAUUCACAUGUAUAACCAUAUGGUGCGUUCACACCGAACACGGAUUCUGCGAUAGGAGCGGCCAAUUUACAUGUUAUCCCUAUAUAGAGGCGCGUUCAGGAGCGGAGCGACGCGGUGCGGAAGGCGAAGCGGGAGCGAUGGACGAGUUGAAAACUCUGAACAAAUAUUCAUGUGACUUCAUCUCACAAAAAAUCCCUAUAUUUUCAGAGGACGUGUGCCGAAGAAAGUGGAAGGGUUUGCGGGACACGUACCUGAAGGAGAGAAGGAAGGAGCUGGAGAAGAGGGGGAGUGGAGCAGCAGCAGGUGCAGGAAAAAAGUGGAGGUUCUCUGGCGUCCUCUCAUUCCUCGAUCCCUUUGUGGCUCCACGGCCCAUACCCAGCAACAUGGGCCAGGUCGAGGAGAUGGCAGAGGACCUACCUGCUCCACCCCCAGAAGAGGAUACGUCGGAGACAGAAGACACGAAUGGUGACGACACAGAGUGGAGGUCCACUCAAUCAGAAGCACCUGCUGCCUCAUCUGUCUCCGACUCUGCUCCUUCAUCCUCUGCUGCUGCACAACCUCCCGUAGGAAGGAGGAGGAGGACAGUGCAACCCUGGAGGAGCCAUCUGAGGUGGAACGGGCGCUUCUAGAAGCUCUACAGAACCGGCCACCACCACCUCCACCCCCACGGGUCUACUCCUCCAUGGAACACUUCCUCCUCGCUUUAGCUCCAUCCCUGGAAAGACUGCCACUAGAUAAACAAGAAUUCAUAAAGUUCUAAUUAAUGCAAAUGAUUUUUGAACAUAGCACAGUUGUGCUAAAUUUGGACCAUGUGGACCCCCGAUAAUUGAUUUGACAUUUUUAUGCAUGUGGCAGUUUCUCCAGGGAUGAACCUAAACUUCCUCUCAUUCGUUCUCUCCAUGCCACUCCAUUCCUCUUCUCAGUGCAAGGUCCUUCUGUACUCAUCUCCCUCAGUUUUGAGUCAUACAACUCAGGCACUUAUGUAAAUAGUUUUUGUAUUGCAAUAAAUUUUGUUUCUUGGAAA